CGAAAAAAACGGGGCAUUCCACCAUCUCCUACAUCUCGCACGAGAAAGAUGUACGACAUAUGCCAUCCCAGCUAUUAUCAUCUGUGCAAACUUGGCUGUAAUGACGUGAUAAAAACGAGCACCGCCUUUUAUGUCUACAUUGAAAUAUGCGAAGUGAAACGAUACUGGGAUGUCAAAUACAAAUAUAACGAAGAACUUGAUGUGAUCUAUUUCGAAGUGAAGAAAAGGGAGAAUUCUCAGGUGGAGAUCUAUGUGCCUUGGCCAACGAAAUACAACAUCUGCUUGGACAAGAUUGAGAAAAUGCAACAAUUAUUGCAAAAUAAACGAUUGACAUUCGUAUUUAAAUCGGAAGAUAGUAGCAGUGUUUUCUAUACAGUGACCACUGGUCUCUCAAAACCAGCUACACCAGAAACGAGUAAACAACAAAAAGAAAAAGCUGAAAAAAUACUCAACUUGGAAAGUGAAAUUCGAAGGAAUACAUCAAAUUUAUAUGAAUUAGCGAAGACUUUAAGUUCUACUAACGAAACUAGCGAACAAAUCGAUUUGAAUACUACAGACUCUUUAAAUAUUGGACAUUCCAGUGUAAAGAUAUUAUGAUACUUUUCUUUUACUUAAUUUAUAAUUUUGAUCUCAUCUAUGCCUGUUGUCUAUGUAUUGGUAUUUAUCUUUUUUUGUUACACACCUUACAGCUUAUGUAUCAAACACAUAACAGUUAAACACUAAAGUACUGACACGUUGGAAGUAAACCUUCCAAUAUGAAUAUAUUAUAAUUUUUCUUGUUGAACAUAAUAAAAUAAUUUUCGUUGCAAUAAAAAAGUAAACCAUGUUUAUUAGAAAAGGUGCAUUUAAAAA